AUGGCGGUGGGGGAUGCGCAGUACCCGGUAUGGGCGGAAUACGGCGCCGCGCUGGGCAGCGUCGUGAUGGAUGGGAUCGCACGGGUGAUGCAGCGCGUGGGGAUCCCUGCGUCAAGCGUGCAGAUGAUGCCUCGAUGGCAUGAGUGGGUGCAAGGGGGCCUAACCGGGCAUGGGAUUUCCGGGGUACAAGGUGGUCAGCAGUGCCUUGUUAUUGCGUUUGAGGGGGACCUUCUCGUGAUGCCCGGUGCCGUUCUUGUCGUUGUCUGCAGGCAGUGCCAGGGUGAAGGGAAGUUCAGCUACGUGUCGAUUGAUGGGGGGGAAGGCGAGUGGUAUGCACGGUGCCUCAUGCUCUUCCAUUUCAUGGACGGUGAGGCCCAGAUUCACAGGCGCGCCGUGGUGCGGUACUUCGACGAGCAUCCCACUCCAUGCCCCGUGACGGGAUGCGUGAGGCUCUUGCCAACGGAGGGAGAGGAUGAGUAUGCCGUUGUCGAGGUGGAGAGCAUUCUGUCCCUUGCCCACAUUGUCCCGUGUUUCACAGAGUUCCGGUUCUCUUUGGACAGGCUCGGGUCAGGCCGGAAGGUGGGUCACGCUAGGGUCAGAAACAUUUUGGUGAUGCCCCAUCCGCGUUCCCCCAUCCGCGUUUCCCCAUCCGCGUUCCCCCAUCCGCAUUCCCCCAUCCGCAUUCCCCCAUCUGACUUCCCCCAUCCGCGUUCCCCCAUCCACCUUCCUCCAUCCGCCUUCCCCUAUCUGUCUUCAACCAUCCACAUCCCCCAUCCACGUUCCCCCAUCCACCUUCCCCCAUCCGCCUUCACCUAUCCGCUAUCCCCCAUUCAUCCACAUCCCCCCAUCCGCCUUCCCCCGUCCGCAUUCCCCCACCCGUUUUGCCCCAUCCUCAAAUCCCCCCGUUCUCUCGCAUUAGUAGCCGGGAACCCGGUCCUUAUGCAACGAGUUGCAGCGCAGCACCGUGAAGUUGGUGCCGUGGAGGCACGCCAACAGAAAGACCACCCUUCCCACUCCCCCAUAUCCUCAACUCUCCCCCCCCUCUCUUGGGACCCUCUCCCUAUUCCCACUCCUGGCUCCCCUGUUCCCGUUCUCCAUACUUCCCUUCUCUCCCAGUUACAAUCGCUCCAGGCGCCACCCUCAUGCAGCCCCUCAUGCAGCCCCUCAUGCAGCCCCUCAACGAGCUACAGUGCAACCCUUGUUCCCCCUCACCUCCUCCCUUCUCUCUCAGUGACACUCGCUCCAGGUGCCGCCCUCACCUUAUGCAAUGAGCAGGUGGUGCCUUGCAGAGCAGCCGAAGAUCACUCUUCCCCGCCCCACACCUCCAACUCCCUCUCCCUCUCCCUCUCCCUCUCCCGGGACCCUCCCUUGUUCCCCCUCCCCGCUUCCUUCUCUCGCAGUCACGAUCGUGCCCCGCGCCGGCCCUCAUGCAACGAGCAACAGUGCAGCAAGGUGCAGGUGGUGUCAUGGAGGGGAGGCAAGGCUAAGAUCACCGCGCUGGCCGGCAUGCAGCGAGCUGCAGUGCAGCAAGGUGCAGGUGGUGCCGUGGAGGCAGGGUGGGUGGUAGGUGAAGGGCCCGAGGAUGAAGAGGAGGAAGAUGGAGGGCGUGAGGAUGAGGAGCUGGCAGGCGCCAUGGCUGCUCUUGGCCUGUUAGUGCAGUUCAGCGGAGGGGCGCGGGCUGUGCAGUCAGCACAGGAAGAUAAGGUGAGUGGGGAAGGUAUGGCAAGUGGGGAAGGUAAGGUAAGUGGGGAAGGUAUGGCGAGUGGGAAAGGUAAGCAGCAGGGUGGUGGUGUUGGUGGUGGUGGCAGUGGUGGUUGUGGUGGGGCUCGUGGAGGGAAGAAGAAGAGGCGGGGGAGAAGGAGGGGAGAUGGACAGGCAACAUUAGAGUGUGUUACAGAUGCAGGGAUAGAGGGUGGUGCAGAGAGCAUGGCAGGGGUGGGUGCAGCGAUAGCAGUGGAGGGUGGUGCAAAUGCAGCAAGGCAGGUUGCUGCUGAUGCAGUGAGAAGGGCUCUCACAGGGGCAGCGGCAGAGAGUGCUGGAGGAAUGACAGUGGUGGAGAGCGGUGCAGAGGCAGUGGGGGGGAACGGUGCAGAGGCAGUGGGGGGGAGCGGUGCAGAGACAGUGGUGGGGAGCGGUGCAGAGACAGUGGUGGGGAGCGGUGUAGAGACAGUGGGGGGGAGCGGUGCAGAGACAGUGGUGGGGAGCGGUGCAGAGAUAGUGGCGGGGAGCGGUGCAGAGACAAUGGUGGGAAGCGGUGCAGAGACAGUGGUGGGGAGCGGUGCAGAGACAGUGGUGGGGAGCGGUGCAGAGACAGUGGUGGGGAGCGGUGCAGAGACAGUGGGGGGGAGCGGUGCAGAGACAGUGGUGGGGAGCGGUGCAGAGAGUGGUGGGGAGGAGUGCAGAGAUAGUGGUGGGGAGCGGUGCAGACAUAGUGGGGGGGAGCGGUACAGAGACAGUGGUGGGGAGCGGUGCAGGGGCAGUGGUGGGGAGCGGUGCAGAGACAGUGGUGGGGAGCAGUGCAGAGACAGUGGUGGGGAGUGGUGCAGAGGCAGUGGAGGGCGGCAUGCAGAGAACAGCAUGGGUUGCAGAAGUAGAGGAGAUGAGGGAAGAGCAAAUGCUGCUGGAUGGUCAGACAGCGGGAGAGCAGGCGAUGGAAGGGCGGGCAGAGGGAGAGCAAACACUGGAAUGGCAAGCAGAGGGAUAGCAAACACUGGAAGGGCGGGCAGAGGGAGAGCAAACACUGGAAGGGCGGGCAGAGGGGGUGUCAUUCGUGGUGGCGGAGGAGGGUGCAUGGCAGGCAGUGUGGGAGCCGCUCUCCCACGGCGUGUACUUCUGCAAUGCUGCCACCUGCCAUCACCCAGUGGCACUCGCCAGUCCAUGGUCUUACUUGAGCCGGCUGUAGCAGAGGGGGCUGUAGCAGAGGAGGCUAUAGCAGAGGAGGCUGUAGCAGAGCAGGCUGUAGCAGCGGGGUAUGAGAAUUACUGGCUGCAGCGGUAUGGUCUGUUCUCAUGGUUCGAUGAGGGCGUCCUAUUGGAUGCUGACGCGUGGCCCCUUGUCACUCAUGAGGCCAUUGCUGCCCACCACGCUGCCAUGUGCGCUGCUGCCAUGGAUUUUGGUGGUGCCACGUGUGCAGGGGCUGAUGCUGCCACGUCAUCAGGAGGCGGAGGUGCUGGCGCGUCGGCAGGAGAUAGCGGCGCCACUUGUGCAGAAGAUGGUGCUGCCAUGUGUGAUGGCAACACUGCACUGUUAAGUUCAGAGGAAGAGGUUCUAGAGCACUGGGGAGUCCGACUGACCCGCCUGUGGCGAGGAGACAACGCCCUACAGGAGUGGAUUAGGGGCGGUCUUGGAUGGAUUCUGCGUGGGGGCCUUUUGGGGCUGGUUGACAUGACAUCCCACUGCCCCCAUGUGUUGGCCAUUGACAUGAGCCUGCCUCGCCUCGCCAUGCUGCACCGCAACCUCAGCGUCUACGGUCUUCACCUGCCCCACCGAGUGCAUGCAAUUUGUACCGACUUCCUCAGCGCUGCGGCUUAA